AGUGAUGGAUGCCAUAUCAUGAGCAAUGUACUUUGCACUAGCGAUUUUCGUAGUCAUUGUGUGGGGGUUUCUGAGGUAUAUUGGUGUGAUAUCGUCAUGGUUUCUCUCAGUAGUACUUCGUUGCCCACUAGAAGUAGGUAGUGUGGGUUGGUGUAGGCUAAGCGAUGUACGGCUACGUCUACCUGAUGGUUUGUACGUGCAUGUUGAUGUUUGUCAGAUAAACUUCUUUUCUGCAUUGGUCAGUAAACCUUUGCUGAUAUCCUUGGGUGAUGUGAGAGUAGAAGGUGAUGCACACUCGCUCACGCAAGCCUCUCCUAGCAAAACCGGCAAAACAACCAAUAUAUCUGCCGUUAAGCGGUCCAUUAUCUCCAGAAUCAGUCAGUUGGUUCAGUACUGCGGCUUGUAUGUCAAUUGCGGGCAUUUGGUAUUGUUCGACCCUCUUCCGGGAUGUGUCGUACACGUUACUUUGGAUGAACUGCUUGUGGAAGCUUUUCGCAGUCGUGAUGGAUGGCAAUUGGAAGCGUCAUGUCGACUAGCUCGUGGCAAAGCCAUGCUUCGUAAAGUGACUACCGGUCACUCUUUGUUGGAUGUCGCUCUUCAGUUCAGAAUCUCGUUGGAUUUGGAAAGUGAACGUUUGAUCAACGUUCGGUUCCGCAUUCAUGAUCCUACAGUCGAUCUGUCUAGCGCCGUUUUUACUGCAUUUGAAAUGCGAUCUUCUUCUCCAUCGCUAGGGAGUUCUUCCAAACAAGACGAUCUCUCUGAAAAUUGUGACCCGCAACAAACUUCAUCCUUCUUGGCCAAUCUUGCAGAAUUAAAUGUUGAAACGAACAACUGCCUUAUAAAGUACAAUGGAGUGCUGGGACAAGAGAUUCGAACUAUGACCCUCACUCUUCGCGGCUUGUCGGUAACAAAAGAUGGUGAAAAAGGUCGAGCCCGCAUAUCUGGAUUAGUAGUAGAGGACCAAGGCCAAAAAUUGGCUUUGAGGACCAGUCUCAUUGUGCUUUCGCAGGAGGUUCACAAGUCUGGAGUCAACGUACAAAUCUCUUCGGACAGUGUGCAAACAAAGCUUUCGAUUGAAGACGUUGUUUGGUGGAAAAAGCAUACGGAAGCUUGUGUCAUGUCUGUUGUCGGAAAAUCAAUGGCAUCGCCUACACCAUCCGCAACAUCAUCGCAAAAUAAUGUCCCAGUCAUAUUUGCUGUAGAGCUAGCCUCGAUUUCUUGCGAUCUCGUCGACUUAGACUCUUUCCAGUCAAUUCUUUCGCUACAGUAUCUUAGUGUCACGAAGACCAGCGAAGUGCUUGAAGUUGGUGUUGACUGUCUUUGCAUCACCGCGCCAAAUGUGGAUACUACGAAUGCAACAUUUGAGCAUCAUCAAUGGAAUCAUUCAGUCUACGUAGGUGCGGCGCUGGUACAGUGUAGUUUUAAGGACCAUGUGCGGGGAGUUCUAGUAGGUGUAGACGACUGUAAAAUUGAAUGGAGCGAUAAACUGGCUGAUCAGAUCAAGCAGCUACUAGAAGUCAUAUGCACAAGUGAAUCCGAUAGUGAGAAGGGUGAUACAAAGAAAAAGAUCAAGUUGCGAUUGCAGAUGAAAAGAGCUGCUUUGAUUGCCGUAGCCAAAGAAGCUGUCUAUCUUGCCCUGACCUGUGAUGAUGUGGAAGCGGAAAUUGCAGCCAUGCGAAGUAUCGCAGUAUCAGUAGAGCAUACAAGAAUAGUGUGCGCUCCUGUUCAGCCUGUUGGUGCAGAUCUGACUCUUCUGAGAAAGGUAACCCAGUAUAUCCCACCCAGAAACUUGAUUUUGGAUCCUCCAUGGCGUUGCUGGAAUCAGACGAAAAAUGACGCGCGUAAAAAUCAGAGAGCCGCUGCAUGGGAUGAGCACAGGAAGGAUAAUCCAUUCUUGUGCUUCGAAACAAAUGUGCUUUGCCUCACUGUAGAAAAUCUAUCUCCUACCAACACUAGCGUUACCUGCUCAUCAAGCUCCCCAAUAUAUGUCGUUUGGUCUCCGUUAUUACAUCGACUGAUACAUCACAUGAGACAAGUAGUACUAAGUACCUUUCGCCGUCCCGAGACUGGUAAUGGUUCUCCGCAAAAAAGCCAGAAACUGACACAGUAUCGUGUGUUAACUACUCAUACUGUGGAGCUAGUAUUGGAGCUGCCUCGACAUCAUAGAAUGGUUUGGCGGAUACCCUCUCUUACAUUCGAUGCUUCACCAUCUAGUUUGUCCGCAGUUUCACCGAAACUGGUUGUAAAUAUGGAUAGUAUGGAUAUCCUUACUGCUAUCGACGUCUGCAUCACUCGGCGACCAUUUGAUGCCCAGAUGGACAGCUAUCGUAGAGGUUUCAAGGAGUUUGCAGCUCCUUCUAAUAAGGUAUGGACAUGGUCAGCAGCAUCAUUUCACUUCUUUUUGCCAUUUGAAUUUAAUUUUGCACAAGUCUUCGAUGAGUUUAUAAAUGCCAUAAAAUGGAUCAAGGUUGUGCACGGUAUGAAGAAGGAUCCUUUUCCACCAAAUGCACCUUUGCCUUCUGAUAUCCGAAUCAUUUUCAAGGAAGCUCGACUCACCCUAGAAGAUGAUCCUUUUGAAAGUUUGCUGAGAAUGAGCUACGAAUUGAAGGAGGAUGAGGUUUACGAAUGCGAACGGAGACGGCAGAUGCUGGCUGAACGCCUCCUUGCAUUGAAGAAGUCGAACCCACUCAUGCCACAGGCUAGAAUUGAUGAACUCUAUGCAAUGCUUCUGGAAAAGAACAGUGCGAUUUAUAUAGAACGCUGGAAUAAAGCAGAUAAUAUCAAGAAGCCUUUGUUUGUCUCUAAAUGGACAGACUUCGAGAUACGUGCAUUCGCAGACCCAUACUUUCAUGGAAGGGACAAGUGUAUUCGACUUAUGCAAGAAUAUGAUCCAUUGAGUUACUAUCCCAAUGGCGGUCUGUGCUUUUCUACGCUUUGGGGUCGUGGCAUGGAAUUCGAUUUUAUGGAAUGGUCGGUGAACUUCAGAGAUUAUCCGAUCCCUUAUAUACUGGCUAAGGAUAUGCAUUUCUUUGGCUUGGUAGUUGGAGCCGAAGAGUUUGAAGAAGGUGGUCGAUCGUUGCGAGAAUGUGAAGUAUCUUUACCGUAUCCAUGGGAGACCCAUACCAUAGAGCGUAACAUGGCGCCUUUGAAGUUCUACUAUGACAUGCAAUGCGAAAGUGCUGAAUACAGUGCCACAUAUGGCCCAUGUUGGGAGCCAUGCCUUUCCAUGGUCAGUCUUAUGUGGAACAAUAUCAGCGCUCCCUCGCGUGAUCCGUCUGUACCUUUACCCUUCUGGGACAAGAUGCGUUUUCUGCUGCAUGGUCGAUUUUCGUGGCUUUGUUCUAAAGUAGUAACCACCAUGCUUGCAUCACCCGAUCCUUACAACACGACCGAAACGGUGGAAAUGUGUUGGGAUGAGUUUGGCUUGGAUUGGGCAUUGGGGGAAAUACGCAUACGUUCUGGUCUGAGAUGGUUCAUGCGCACUGCAUCACGGUAUGACGACUCUCGAAUACUCUUUUUACCAGAUUUGAAGCUUCGGGUUGUGUUAGAAUGGGUCUGCAGCGGAGAUCCACAUGACCAUCAUUCAGUAAUAUUAUGUGCUCCAGACCGUCUUCCACAUUAUUCUACGGACCAUGACUCUUAUCGCGCAUUCCGAUCCUCUUCGCUUGAUCUCUCUCUGUCGUUUGAUGUUGCUGCUGGUGCUAAUGGAGGUGAAACUGGUGAUCGUUUACCUCAUGUACUACUGUAUGCCAAUACCUUCCGUUGCUUGGAAUUUCUCUUUAAUACGAUAACUAUGAAAAAUCGAAAUGUUCGUAAAGGUUGUCUUUUUGGCACGCCAUCUCAUCUCAAACCACAACUUGGAAAGCACUUCAGGGAUGUUACCGUCUCGUUGAAUUUCCCGAAAUUUUAUAUAACAUACUGGAUGUCUCACUCAUCUGACUACGGUUUUCGCGUUAUAUCUGAUGGUCUAAACCUCAUGGCCUCAAUGAAGUUGUCCUUACAAGCAGCCAACGAAGAGGGUCUCACUCGUAGAAAAAUUUACGCUUGGACUUCGGAACAUGUAGCUGCGACGUUGUGGGGAACGAAGGUACAUGUUUAUAGUCAAGGCCAUGCCCCAUCUGCUGAUGGUCCAUCGAACGAUGAAGCAACGUUCCUGCUAGGUGUUAGUCGAGUUUCUUACGUUAGAGAGAAUAGCCAAGGAAGAGACUCAAGCCAGCAUCGUUUGACUGUUCAUGAUUUGAAGAUGUCUUGGACCGCACAAAGUCGUGACGCUUGCAUCACUAUAGCCGAUGGGGUCCAUCGCGCACAUAUGCUCCGUCGGAUUCUAAGCAAUGAUGCUCUGAAAAUCUUGAAGUUACACAUAGAAGAAGAAAACAAAUCUCUUGAAAGAUUGCCAAGCAACGAAGAAAGUAACUUUUUGCAAGAAUCAAGUGUAGAUGCGCGAGGUCAUCGACGAGGUUACAGCAUGUCUGAUCAGAAUCAGUCAUUGCUUACCCAGCUUAUAGGAGAAGCAAGCACGAAACUUGUAGCACACUGUGAGCAGGCAGCUGACCUUCCUACAGAUUCGUUACUGGGAGCGCUACAAUGUAGCUCCGAUGAUGUUCGCUUCAUCAACUGGCAAAUCGAUCUCCUCAACAGCCAAGUUGUACUGAAAGGAUGUGAAAAGACUGGCUUUAUACUUAUUACAGCCGCCAGAGCUAGCGUGACGCAGAAGGUACAUCGUUGUGUGUGGAGGAACGGGCAGCUGUUGAGUAAGAAAUCCUGGUCCGCAGUCAUGUCUGGAAUGCAAUAUUUCGCUCCUAUAGCAAACCCAAAGGAAAAGGACGUUGCGCCGUUCAAGUGGCUUACCAAGGAGGUCAUCGAAGAGAAAACACCAGCUGGUGAGGUAGAAGAUCCUUACCUGCAUCCGUAUAUCGGCGCUGGAGACGCCGUAGGUGGUGUGGUAGAUGCCAAAGUGACUUCGGAAAAUCUCCAGCUCCAACGAAUCGUUUCGCGAUGUAGCUGUGAAAUUUACUUCUGUUACUUCUCGGAAGAACUCAAGACUGACGACAUCGAAGAGACAGGUGUUCCGAAGGAGCAAGAACGAACUAUUGGAGGUGAAGAAACUGCAGUCGAUUGUGUGACCGUCAAGCAUAAUAUGUUGGAAGCAAUUAGCAACUCGGAACAGUAUGAAAUGGUCGUGGACAUAGUCAACAACCUCGUGCUUUUCGUUGAUCCUAAGAAGAAAGAACUUGCAGAACAAAGACGAAAACUACGAUUCGCUUGUCAAAUUAUCGACAUGAAAGAGAUGCGACAGCGAAUCGUGGAGCAGCAGUGCGAACUUCGAGAAAUUGUAUCAGUUGUACGAUCUUUGGAGCGACAACUGUUUUAUAUGGAUUCUCAAUCCAACGGAGAUGUUGAUGACCAAAAACGUCGAGAAAUUGUAGAUGAAAUGGAAGAUGUAAAAGCAAAGCAAUUAGAGGUGUCGGAUAAGUUAGCGAUAUACAUCAGCUGCUAUAAACAGCGUCAAGUAGAGGCAGCCCGUGCUACUGGUUUCAAUAAAUUAGAAGAAGAAGAUGGCGUGGCUGCUAUAGCAAGAAGAUUCGAGGUAUGCUUCGAAGACUGCAUUUGGAAACUGACUGAGAGCGAUGGCCAGAUUUCCAUAGCUCAAAUUCAAAUUCGGAACUUCUUGUACACAAGAACUAUGCGAAUAGAUAAUUCGGGUGAGCAUCUGUUUGAGGUCGGUACGAUACGAGUUACAAACCUCAUCCCGGACACAAUUUAUAAGGAUACCUUGCACAGGGAUGAGCGUGUGCAGACUCGACAGCCGUCAUUGCGGUUGACUGUACGCGAUAUGGCACCUGUUGGCGGAAUAUGUGUCAAAGAGCUAUUCGAAGUGAACAUUGCUCCUAUGGUGGCACAGAUCACUUACCGAUUUUUCGAUAAAAUGAUGUUGUUCUUUUUCCCUGGGCGAAAUAUCCACAAAGAGGAUAAUUUGGAUUCAGUUGACGAAAAUACAUCAAAGUUCUCUUUCACCCGUCGUUUUGCUGGAACGCUUAGCAUGAGAAGUAAUAAGUCGACACAAAUUGACAGAAAGCCAAGCACAUCAAGUGGCAAAAAUAGUUCUGGCAAGCAAGCAUCGAAUCCCGAACUAACGGAUAUCGACAAAAUGCGGGAAAGAGCCGACAACAACAAUUUCUUUCUUUACAUAAAGAUUCCAGAAGUUCCAUUCGUGGUUUCUUAUAAGGGUAACAAAGAGAAAAAUAUAGAGGAUGUUGAUCGGUUCAGCUUCCUCUUUCCCCUUUGUGAAUUUCAUGAGAGGAACUGGACAUGGCUCGAUGUGGCCUUGGCAGUGAAACAAAGAUGUAAACGGGUAUUACUGCAGCAGUUCAUGAGGCAAAAAUUGCUGAGAAAUCGCCUCGCAGGUGGACCAGAAACGGUUGAAGGCUUUAGCGAAGAAGAUAAGAAGCGCAUAGCACUUGGAACGACAUCAAGUACAGAAAAGAAGAAGAAAUAGAUAGAUAUAAAUUGGAGUACCCUGUCCUCAGACGUACAUCUAGUUAGCAAGUAGUCGUAGUAGCAAUGUUGAUACUCUUCUAAGCUGUUGAACGAUGUUAUAUGCAUUUUCUCUUUUUGUAGAUGCAUUAUUGAGCUACCAGUGCAGAAAAUGCACAAAUUGCGUUCACUGAGACGCGAGGCAUCGACUUGAUGCGCAAUUUGGAGAAAACUUUUGCGAAAGAGACGAUUUGAAACUACUACAGGUGAACUUUAUGCAUUGUUUGCGUGAUAGCUCCACCAAAUGAGACGCAUGAGGUUGUUACCGUCCUUGAAGUCUCUUAUGUUAACCCAAAAAUGUCGCCACCGCCCCUUCCCGAAAACAAAAUUUCUUUUCAACAGCUCUUAUUUUUCUCCGAUACCUACGAUACAUAAGCCUCUCAUUUGCAAGUGACAGCAGAUUGAUAGCCCAAACUCUGUGUAAAUUGAUAAGUUUUGACAGGAACUUGACUAUCAAAGUGGCGUUGUUAAACAAUAUUCUGAUAGAAUUUUUUCUAUUUCAAAGCUCAGUCCGUUUUGGAAUGUUACCACCUCUUGGAGUUAUCCAAAUUUCAUUUUUUUUUACUCCUUCGGGCUCCCUUCUCCCUUCUUCCUUCCUUCACGUGUAUACAUUCAUGUAGAUAUUCUUUUGUUCUUUGUGGUACGCGGUUUACUAGAGCAAAGCCACUUGACGGGACUUUUACAAGCGUGUCUCAUGCGCCUCAUUCUAGCUUAUGUAAUGUAUAUCUGUGAUUUGCUUGUAAAUAAAAAUAAC